UCACACCAUAGUGGACUAGUGACCUCACACUUAUCCUACAAGCCUAGCUAGCUCUGCGACAAUGGUGCUUGACAUGGUUCUACUCCGUGAGCUCUUCGCAGCUACGAUCCUUUUCUUCAUCACCCGCUACUUUAUCCGCCGCAUCAUCUUCAAGCCCCGCCGCCUCCCUCCAGGCCCAAAAGGCUGGCCGGUCAUCGGUGCUCUGCCGCUGCUCGGCAAGAUGCCUCACGUAGCUUUAUUUGACUUAGCCAAGAAGUAUGGCCCCGUCAUGUACCUCAAGAUGGGCACAUGUGGCAUGGUCGUAGCGUCAACGCCGGAUGCUGCUCGUGCCUUCCUCAAGACACUUGAUCUCAACUUCUCCAACCGCCCGCCCAACGCCGGAGCCACCCACUUGGCCUAUGACGCUCAGGAUAUGGUGUUUGCCGACUAUGGGCCUCGGUGGAAGUUGCUUCGUAAGCUGAGCAACCUCCACAUGCUCGGCGGCAAAGCACUGGAAGAGUGGUCCAUCGUGCGUGCCGCCGAGCUUGGUCACAUGAUACGGGCCAUGUGCGAGUCGACUCGCCGUGGUGAUACCGUUGUAAUACCCGAUAUGUUGACUUAUGCAAUGGCUAAUAUGAUUGGGCAGAUCAUACUGAGUCGCCGAGUUUUUGCCACAAAGGGAGAUGAGUCGAACGAGUUCAAGGAAAUGGUGGUGGAGCUCAUGACCACGGCUGGGCUGUUCAAUAUAGGUGAUUUUAUUCCAUCAAUUGCUUGGAUGGACUUGCAAGGAAUUGAAGGAGGGAUGAAGAGGCUGCACAAGAAAUGGGAUCAUCUCAUUGCAAGGAUGAUUAAGGAGCACCAAGCAUCUGCUCAUGAGCGGAAAGGAAAGCCCGAUUUUCUCGAUGUGAUCUUCGCGAAUCGGGAAAACUCAGAAGGAGAGAGACUCUCCGAUGUCAACAUCAAGGCCCUUCUCUUGAACCUCUUCUCAGCUGGAACAGAUACAUCUUCAAGCAUAAUUGAGUGGGCACUAGCAGAGAUGAUGAAGAACCCAUCAAUCUUCCGAAAAGCCCAUGCAGAAAUGGAUGAAGUGAUCGGCCGGAACCGCCGUCUCGAAGAAUCCGACAUCCCAAAGCUUCCAUAUCUCCAAGCCAUCUGCAAAGAGACCUUCAGGAAACACCCAUCAACACCAUUGAACCUCCCUCGAGUCGCCACUGAAGCUUGUGAAGUGAAUGGCUACUACAUUCCUAAGAACACAAGGCUGAGUAUUAACAUAUGGGGAAUUGGGAGAGACCCAAAUGUGUGGGAGAACCCAAUUGAGUUUACACCAGAGAGGUUCUUGAGUGGAAGGAAUGCUAAGAUUGAUCCUCGUGGGAAUGAUUUUGAAUUGAUUCCAUUUGGAGCUGGUAGAAGGAUCUGUGCAGGAACUAGAAUGGGAAUUGUUUUGGUGGAGUAUAUAUUGGGAACACUUGUUCAUUCUUUUGAAUGGAACAUUCCAGCUGGGACUGACCUGAACAUGGAUGAAGCAUUUGGGUUGGCUUUGCAGAAGGCUGUGCCAUUGGCAGCUAUGGUGACUCCUAGGUUGGCACCUAAUGCUUACUUAGCUUGAUGGGUUUGGAUUGGUGAUUGAGUAUUAGGGUUGCAGUUCUGAAGCUUUCCUUUCUACUGUGUUUCUGUUUUUCUAAUGUUCCUCUCUUUCUUUUCUUUUUUAAACUUUAAAUAAGAGAUUAAUUAGAUACUUUUAAAGAGGGAAAGAAAAAAAGGAGUCAGAAACUCUCUCUCUUUACCCCUAGUUCACAUAA